UCGAGAUGGCUCAACAAGCAACUGCAUCCUCAAGGAUUGCCUCUCUUAUUUUGAGAAUCUUGACCUUCAUUCUCUUGUUGAUAUCACUCAUUGUGCUUGCCACCAACACCGUAGGCUCCAGCGAUGAUGACUCCAAAGUUCGUUUUACCGAUUUUUAUGCCUACCGAUACAUGCUUGCUACAAUUGUCAUCGGCAUUGCAUAUAGUCUCCUGCAACUUGUACUCACAAUCUUUAAUAUCGUAAGGGGCGGGGAUGGCAUGCCCUUCCUUGACUUCUUUGGUGACAAGUUCAUAUCAUACGUGCUAGCAACUGGUGCUGGUGCUGGGUUUGGUCUGACUGUAGACUUGAAGAGACUGAUGGACGCAUCUGAAGUAGACAUGCUCAACUUUGACGAUAAGGCCUUUGCAUCGGCUAGCCUCCUCCUCCUCGCAUUUGUUACCACUGCCAUAUUAUCAAUUAUCUCUGCCUACACUCUCCCAAAGAGAGUUUGAUUGCUGCCAACCCAAACACGUCCUUCUAUUUUCAUAAUAUGUACGUACGUACCAACAAAUCAUAAAUGGAGGCUUUGCGUAACCAAGA